AUGUCGUCGGUCCGAAGUCGAAAGACGCCGGGCAAUCGAGCCGCCACCGAUCCUUCUCAGGGCACCACGGCCGCCCGCCCGAGCGCCAUCCCGGUCGCCUCUGCCUCGAUGACUCGCCUCGCUAGUGCCUGCGAUAUCCCGGCCAUCGCCUCAUCGUCGUCGACAUCCAACAAAGACGACAGCCAGGACAGGCCUUCUGCCGCCCCAUCGGCCAAGCGCCAGCCGUCGUCGCGGGCAUUGCAGAGGGAGUUCCUCGAUACACCGGCGACCGACACUGCGCACGCACCAUCCUCGAGCCGGCCCCUGUCACGGCCUUCGAGCAGGGAGGUGCUGCCGCGCAGCUCGUCACUCAUCGCCACCCGCAAGAGGUCCGCCUCUGGCAACGAGAGGAGACUGCCCCCCUGCAUCUUGGGAUUGCCCUCGAGCGCCACGAGCGCAGGUCUGGGUGCAGCCGCAAGCUCGAAACGACCCGCCUCGUCGUCUUCAGGCCGCCAGUCGGCCUCACGCAGUGCGGCGCCAUCUGCCUGGACCGCUUCGAGGUCGAUGCACACCAGAGUUGAGCCUCCUGCAACUUCUGCCCCGGUUCCCCAUGCACCCUCCACAUCGAAUCGGUCGCAGCGAGGCCCCGUCGACCCUCUUCGGCCCAGGCCGAGUGGCAACCUGCUCGACGCGCCCGGGCCGUCUAGCGCAGCGCAGUCGCAUCCCGCCGGACGCAAGCGUUCGCCGUCCAGCUCGAAGGCGUCUCCUGCGGCCGGGGCGACUCCGAUGCAGAUUGCGCCUCGAUCAGGGCGGCCCCACCGAGCCUCCGUCGGUGGUGACGCCAGCCAUGACUCUGCAGCGGCAUUCGUCCCUCGCAGCUUCACGCGGAGCCGGAUGUCGAUCGGCGACGAUGACGACGACGACGAUGACGACGAUAUUGCGGUCGAUCUUGACCUCGACGACGACGACGACGACGAGGGCGACACCGACGGCGAGUCCACAGACGCCGCCUGGAUGUCCUCAAAGAGCAUGGUCAGCAGCGUCUCGACGUACCCUAGCUCGACGCCGGGCGAUGGCGAGCUCGCGUGGGACGGUCUCAAGGGCUCCCGCCGUAAGCCGUCGACCUCGUCGUCGUCCGCGCUCUCCUUCCGCGACCGGCUCGACCGACCCCCCGCUCGGCAGAGCACUCUCACCGACUCGCGGCACGUGCACGGCGACCUGUCGAUCCAGAGCCAGGAGACCGACUGGGACGAGGAGCUCGGCAUCACCGAGGUGCGGCAGGGUGCCGGCAGCCUGCUCCGUCCGACGGUCUUUGCCUCGUCGCUGUCGCAGGCAGGCCCCAGCAGCGCCGCCGAACAAGUCGCCGCUGCGCCUCACGUUGCCGCCCGCACAGAGGGGAAGCGCUCGGACCCUCAGGAUCUGCACCAUUCGCCGCAGAUCCGCGGGCUCCGUGUCACGCAGUCCGUCAGCGAGAGCUGGGACGACGACUUCCUCUUCCAGAACGACGACGACGCCGGCCUCGACGCCGAGCCUGCCCACCAGGCAGCCCACGCUGGCAAGGGCAGGGCGGGAGCAUCCGGGCGAAGCUCAGACCGCUCUCGCGGCUCGAACACUGCGCGAAAGCAGUCGGCAGCAGCCCGGGGUGCAUCAGCCGUCCGAUCCGGCAGCGCCGAUGCAGAGAGCGAGGAGGACGAGAACUGGGACGUCGCCUUUUCGUGGGAGGAUGUCCCAGAGCGACGGGCGUCGAUGCGCAGGUCGACCUCGCCGCAGGGCGCCGGCCGAUCCGCCUUUCCGACCGCUCUUCGCUCGACCCCUCUCACCGCAGCGGCGGUCUCGGUUCACGCGGCUACGGGCCUGCCGCCGACCAGGAGCGCCUUUAGGGGCAGCCAUGGCAAGGUUGGUCCGUCUGACGUGCAAGGGCACGGCGCUCACGCGCGAGCUGAAUCGACUUCGUCGCGCGGCAGCGUCGUCACCGAUCUCUCGGCCGCGCUAGCCGCGCAGUCGGAUGCGAGCUCCUGGGGCAACCGUAGCUCGUCCGAGAGCGGCCAGACCGACCUGACGGCCGACCUGCUGAGCAGCCCGUCGGACAAGCUGCAGGUGCCUCUGGCCGCCUCGCCGACCUCGGCACGAGUCGUCCGCCCGCGGCAGGUCAGCCAGGGCACGAUUGUGCACACCUCGAUAGAGGACAGCGGGGACGAGACCGAGACCGAAGCCGACUCGAGCGUCGCGCACGCCUCUCCAAAGGGCGGCAAGAGCAAGCGGCGCUCGCUACUCGCGUCCUUCACCCGUGGCAGGGCUGUCCGCGAUCUGUCUCCGGCCCGCCGGCCCGAGUCGUCCUCGUCAGGCUAUGGGCACGCGCACGGCGAGGCAGUCAAGACUCUUGUCGGCAUGACUGCCAACCUCGAGAUUGCUGGGCCAGGGCUUUCGCCAAAGGGCCGCUUCUACAAGUUGGACGCCUUUGGCUCGUCGCGGACCUCGGUGGUCGAUGCGUCAGACGAUGCCAGGCUGACGAGCUCCCAUCGCUCCGGGCAUGCCAGCCUCGAGCCGUGGAUGAAUCAGGGCGAUCAUUCGGGCAGCGGCGGAACAACCGCCAACCCCUCGCUGACCUCGCUGAACAGUCAGUCGUCGCAGCGAUCUCGACGCUCGUUCGGCGCAUCGGUGCCGUCAAAGCUCGAAAGGGGCUACCGUGCUCUCAAGAAUGCCAAGAUCGGACGCCGGACCAGUCAGAAGCCGACCACGCCAAGCUACGGCGCUGCGCGCUCCCCGCCCAGCUCUCCGCUCGCGCGCAGCCGCACCAUGUCCAACGAUCCGGGUGACUUGUCUCUGGACUCCAAGACGUCCCAGCCCUCGGCGGAGCCUGUUCCGACCGCGGCAGGGACAGCAUCAUCUGCGCGAUACAGCUCUGCGCAUCAUAGACCCCCGGCCGGCAAGCUGUCUGCGGACUUCGGCUUCGAGCAGUCGCCUCAUUCGUCCGAUGCCGCUGUGACGGCAGCUCGGUGCACCACGGCAACGCGGCCCAGCCACGGUGCUGGGCAGCGUGCCGACGCCAGCCGCCGUUCGACGCCCUCCGGCAGCAGAGGAGAGGCCUUCACGUUCCACGACGCCGGCGUCCAGCUGCGCUCUGUCGGCGACUCGAACUCGCCCGCAGGCUCGCCCGCACGAGCUCGGCGCGACCACUCGAGCUCCGCCACGCUCCGAGCCAGUGCCAGCGCCGAGGCCGAGGUCGUGCGCUCCAUCUCCAGCCGAGACCGUUCUCGCUUUGAUGUCGGGGCACGCCCGUCCGCGUCCACGGACGUUGGUGUCGAUAGGCAUGCGUUGGCGCCAGCAGUCCAGGGCGGGAAAGAGCUCGAUCCGCAUGGAGGCAUCGCCCGCUCGAGCGAGUGGUCAUCGGCGUCCGACGCGCUCGUCGGACGAGCCGGAGCGGAUCCUCGCUACAACUCGUCGCCACCGCCCAACAGCCGCUCAGUUUCGGCGUCGACGGAAACCAGCGCCUGCAGCAGCGACGCCCUGUCCCGGACGCACCGCAAGGACGCCAGCUGGAGCGGGACCGAGAUGUACGACUCUGAGACCACCCAUGGGACCAGCGUCGGCAGCGACUCGCCUUCAGGUGCGCGGGCAUCGGACAGGAUGCUCGCCAGCAAGCCGUCGACGCCGUCGGAGCACGGCGCUUCGAAGUCGCCGGGCGUCAGAAGUCGAGCCGCGACGCCGUCAGACAGCGUUCGGCCCGGCAGCCGCCACAGCACGACGUCCGCCUCGACUCCCGUCCGCAGCAUUGCGCGGGCCGGCAGAAAGAGCCACAACGAGGCCGGCUGCAAGCGCGCCGUCGUGCACGAGGAGGACGAAGAGGAGGAAGAUCACGAAAGGACCGCCGCGGCAACGGCACUCGGCCGCGCAAAGACCCAGGCAGAGGCGGACGCCGACGAUGCGGUCAGUUCGGCUGCGGGCGGCGCAGCGCCUUCGACAACGCCCAGCAUGCCGCUGCCCUCGACCUCUGCGCAGGCGGGCAAGGAGGAGCCGGCAAAGAGGCCGACAAUGGGCCGCAGAAACAGCCUCAGCGACCUGCGCAUUCCGAGCCGCAUCAGUCGAGCCCAGACGGGUAUCCGCGCCAACAUCACGCUGGUCCGCGACUUUGCCAAGGGAGUCGAAGAGCUCAAGGCGCUCCAGGCUCAGCACGACCGGCUGCGUCGAGCGCUGAGCUCGGCCGACCCGGUCUCGAGGCAUCGCAUCGACGAGAUCGAACAGCAGUUCCAGAAUUGGUGGGACUGUGCCGACGUGCUCGUCGGACUGGGCCAGGGCCGCAGCGACGCCGACGCUUCGGCCGAUGUGCGGACCAUCUCGCAUUCGCCUGCCGGCAAUGGGGCCAUCGCAGCUCAUUCCAGCGCCGCGCAGAUCGCACGGGAGCGCCGCAUCACUCUCGAUGGCCCGGCAUCGAGGAGGACGAGCCUGGCCUCGCAGGCUCCCCGGCUGGAUCCGAUCCCCACGUCGCAGCAGUCGUCUUUGUCCAGGCCGCCUUCUGGCGCGGGAGGGCGCAAAGAGAGGCAGGCCGAGGGCCUCAAGAGCCGGACCUCGUCCACGUCCUCGAGGAACGUGAACCCGCAGCGCGAAAUCGACAUCAUCGCCGCCAUGCUCAAUGCCGCCUCGAUCGCUCCAGACUCGCCACCUCCUCCGCCUCCGCCUCCGCCGCCACCGACCAUCUGGGAGCGCUCCUCGUCCACGCCCGACACCAAGACGAUGUCUGCCAUCGCAGACGGCGAGGCUGGCCACAGCAGCCAGGACGGUGACGCUGGGCUUGGACUGGGUGCCGUUGACCGCGCGCCCCCUUCGCCUCGGGAACGACCAGGAAACAUGGCCAGCACGCCGGACGGCGGACUACUGCAGGAUCCGACGGCAAGCCGCCCCUCGACGGCGAGCCUCAGUUUUGCCGACGCCUCGCCCCCGCCGCGCAAAGCGGGCGCGUCGACGGCCGCCAGCGCCUACCCGUACAAUACCGCACCUGCCGCCGCCGGCAGCCGGGGUAGCCUGUUUGGCGCCGUGUCGACCGACUCGAUCGCCAUCGUCGACGGCAACAAGAGCGCCAAACGCAGGCUGCGGAGCGCUAGCCGCGCCGGUCUGCAAGGGCUCAAGGAACUGCUCAAGGCGUUUCGCAGCAAUGCCCACGACGACGAUGCCCAGGACCGGGCGAGUGCCGCCGAGCGCGAAGAGGCGCCGCCGGCCAAAGGCUUUGCCUCGUUCCGCAAGUCGUUCGACGCCUCGGCUGCCGCACCUGCGGUCGACAAGGAUCCCGCCCCGGUCGAGACCGACGGCGACCGGAGAGCGGCAGGCGGUGCUGCCUCGAAGCGGAGCUCGUUUGGCUGGAUGGAGCCCAGAGCGGACAAGGCCUCGAUCUCGCCGCCGCCGAGCGCACGCACGCCGGUGGGCUCUCCCGAGCGACGCCGCUCCCACCUCUUCCGACGCAAGAAGGACGGCGAAGCUCCCUCUGCGGACGCGGGCGUUCCGCCGAGUAGCCCUCCGCUCCCUUCCGACUCGCCGCGGUCGCAGCGCCACCAUCCGGGCGGACCUGCGAGCCCGGUCCUGCCAAGUCUGCCCAGUGUCGAGCUUGCCGACUCGCGAUCGAGCCAGACCAGCGCGUCGCGUCCUACCACCGCUUCGGGCGCCUCGGAUGGCCAUCGCAAGUCGUCGCACCUCAGCGCCAAGGACGCAGGGUUAGCCAGUUGA